AUGUAUAGCCUUACGUACGAGCUCACGUACGAGCUCACGUACAGCCUCAUAUAUAGCAUCACGUACAGCCUUGUGUAUAGCAUUACGUACGGCCUCACGUACGAGCUCACGUACGGCCUCGUGCAUAGCAUCACCAUAGUGGUUAGUGUUGUUCCUGCCGCCGCUGCGGCGUACGUCUUGCCCUGCGUUAACAGCGCGCGUACUUCCUUCUCCAUCUUCUCCAUCUUCUUCAUUAAUUGUACCUAUAGCGCUUGUUGGAGUUCGGCCAAUGCGCCUGUAAGGUUGAUUAUCACGCGCGGUUCUGCUGGUGGUGUCAUUAGCAACUUGAUCACGCUCGAUAUGGGUGGCACGUCUACCGACUGUGCACUCAUCCCAGGGACGAAUGCGAUUCUCCGAAGAGAGACGGUCGUUGGUCCUCUUACUGUCAAGGCUCCUUCCGUUGAUGUGCGGACUGUUGGAGCUGGCGGUGGAUCUAUCGCUCAUUACACGGCACUUACCAAUGCUCUUCGCGUUGGCCCUGAAUCUGCUGGCUCUACUCCUGGGCCUCCUGCCUAUGGCAAAGGAGGAAAACUUGCAACUGUUACCGACGCCAACCUGGCUCUUGGAUACUUACCUUCGGUCCUUCUAGGAGGCAAAUUCAAGCUAGAGGUGGCCGCAGCUACCGCUGCGGUGGAGGACAUUGCUAAGCAAAUGAGUAUGUCCAUCACCGACACUGCUGAAGGCAUAAUCAACCUCGUGAACGAAACGAUGUAUGGGGCUCUUCGUCUCGUUCCUGUGGAACAAGGCUAUGACCCCAGGGAUUUCGCGCUCGUCGCCUUUGGAGGUGCCGGUCCUCUUCACGCGAAUGCUAUCGGAAAGCUUCUCGGCGCUUUCCCAGUCAUUGUUCCUCCAGCUCCCGGCAUUCUAUGUGCUCAGGGAGACGCUACGACGAAGAUGAGCCACGAACAGUCUACGACUUACAUCAACUUGUUCUCUACGAUAUGCUCCGAAGAGCUUCGCGUAGCGUACAAAGGCCUCGCCGAAGGCUGCUCAACUACUAUGAAGAAGUCUCUAGUGGAUGAGAACCCUGCUCUGGAUGUUUCCUAUGAAGCCGACAUGCGGUACAAAGGGCAAGCUCUUACUCUGACCGUUCAGAUGACUGCUUCCGAUCUCGAGAAAGAGACGGAAACCCUGCUUACAGAACUCCGAACCAAAUUCGCCACUGCUCACGAACAGCAAUUUAGCUUCUCGCUGGGUACGGACAUCGAUUUAGAGGUUAUGUGCCUUCGCGUGAAAGCGACGGAUGCUUCUCCUGAAGUCAAGAUCCAGCCUAUCGAAGACGCACCUGGUCCGAGUCCACUAGAGACGGUGAUUAUGUCCAAAAGCAUGAUCACUGUCAAUGGCGAGCAAGUCGAGGCCAUCUUCUGGAACCGAGACCAAAUCACCAAGAAGGGGUACAAAGUCGUUGGACCAUGUGUCAUCACUAAGAUGGACUCGAACACUCUGAUCCUCCCUGGAUACUCAGGUGAAAUUGAUGGCAUGGGCAACAUCCUUAUCCGCCCGAUUGAUGAAAAAGAUAAGCAAUGGGAAGAGGAAAUCAUCCAUACUCCGGAGUCUGCCAAGAAAUACGUGGAGGAGAACCCUAUCAUUCCGACGCUCAUUUCCUCUCCUGCUAUAAGGGAACAGCAGGACGAAUUUAAUGUAAUUAGAAACCCAGCUGGUUCGAUGCUCGUUGGCCAAUUCGGAACCAUUGAGGAGGGCGACGUCUUCGUUACCAACGAUGUCUACCAAACCAAGGGAGCAGUAUCCCAUCUCAAUGAUGUCAUCGUACUCCUGCCUAUCCAUCAUAAUGGCAAGAUCGUAGGGUGGGCGGCGAACUUCGGGCAUCUUACAGAUGUUCAGGGUAAAGUGCCCGGGUCGAUGAGUAUCAACGCCAGCACCAUCUUCGAAGAUGGUCUACAAAUUCCCUCUGUCAAGCUUUACGCGAAGGGACAGUAUAAUCAAAGUCUAGUAGACGUCUUUUGUAGAAACAGUCUUGCAGCAUGUCGGACAGCUGCUGCAAGAGUUUGCGAGCUUUGUGAUCGAUACAGCACGGAAGUCUACCACGCUGCCUGCGACAGCCUUCUUCUACGCUGCAGAACUGCUAUUAGCGAGCUUAUCGACAAUAAGAUCGGCACCGAGCGAAGCAAUUUCACCGAUUGCAUUGAUGAUGACGGCAAUGGCAUUGGGCCCUAUGCCAUCACUUGUGCAAUGCAAAAAGUUGGUAGUAAGCUCGUUUUCGAUUGGGAUGGCACGAGUCCCCAGAGUGGGACGUCGAUAUACUAUUACCUGUCCACUCCGAUGUUCAAGAUAUUCAUCUCCUACUUCCUCCUUGCAGUCUACGACCCCCACAACGUCGUCAACGACGGCCCCGCCGAUCUCAUCGAGCUCAAAAUUCCCGAAGGCAGCAUCCUCCACCCUGUGCGUCCGGCGGCCCUAUCCUGCCGUACACAUCUCCUAGGUAGAGUAAUGGAUAUCAUCCAAGCCCUCUUCAGACAGCGCAACCCAGCCUUCCGCUCCGCCGCCGGCUUCUCCGACUCUCCCCACCUCUUCUACUCCGGCUUCAAGCCCACGGAUUGCCACUGCCUCUUCCCUGCCAUCAAAUCUAUCCCAGCGGAGAACAUCGAGCUCUACUUCCCGCUCGUCAUUGAAGCCAACGAAUCUGUCGCAAAUUCUAGCGGUGCUGGAUUUUAUAGGGGUGGCAAUGCGCAGAGGACUGUGUAUCGUUUCCUAUGCGAAGGUGAGGUGUCUAUUCACGACGAUCGCUGGCUUACGAAGCCUUGGGGCGUUGAUGGUGGCGAACCUGGGACUAGAUCGCGCAAGGGCACCUACAGAAAUCACUCGUACGGCACGGAUAAAGAAGAACAUGAGGCUAUCCCAUCCAAAUGCGAUCAUAUCUGCGUCAAACCCGGCGACGUUCUCGAGUGGAUCACAUGGUGCGGUGGUGGACUUGGGGAUCCCCUCACUCGUCCACCAGAGAUCGUAGCAAAAGAGGUCCAUCGCAAGCUAGUAACGAUUGAAUGCGCGGCGAAGAACUACGGUGUCGUGGUUGGCGAGAACUGGGAACCUGAUAUUGAGAAGACGGAGGUGCUGAGGAAGAGUAUUAAGGAGAAGGGGAAGGAGGGGCGGGAGAGCAUGACGUAUAAAUGGGGCUGGGCGGAGGAAGGGGGAGUGGAGAGUUUGGUCAGAAAUGCGGAGAAAAAGACUGGGUUGAAGGGGCCGACGCCGCAGUGGGAGCCGGAUCCGUAUGGGCCGCAUGUGGGAUUGCCGUAUGUGAAGGAGUGGUUUUCGAGGAUGAGAAGGGAGGGUUAAGGGGGGUGGAAGGUCUUGGAGAAGGUAGGUGGGUAAACGAAGGUGGUAGGUAAUGCAUCUCUCUAUUCGACACGAAUUUUCAUUCCAGAUCCAUAUCCUCUAAUCUACCUUACGCAUUUUUUUUCCUUCUAUGUUAACACUUAGUUCCAAAUUCGUUGCUCUAACAAACACUCAG